UGAGGUGUACUUCAAACAUCUUAGCAACCAUAGGGCUAGUGAAGUCUGUGAAGUGAAAGCUGACAGUAUUGGUAAACUUGCUGUUGUGAGGGGAAUAAAUAUUGUUACAAGAUGCGUAGAUCUGUGGUGCUGUAGACAACUUUGUCUCUUACUUUUAUUGAGAAGGGAGACUGUUGCGAAUUUUUUGUCAGCUCAUAUAUUGUGUUUGUUCAAUGAAAACAUUUUGUUAGCACCAAAAUGUGUGAAUUCUGGCUGCCAGCAGUUUGUAUGCCAAACCUUUUUGUACCCCUAGCCCUAAUUCAUGAAUAAUCAGGCUAGGAGAUAACAGAAAUAGACAAUCGGCAUAGUUUAAAAAAUUUCAACCUAAAUAUAAUUUUUACCUGUAACAUAUCUACGCUGAAGCAACUUCAUGUCGACUAGCAGCGCCGUAGCUAGUAUGAGGCCAACCGAGGCACUCGCCUCGGUAAAAUUUUGACGCAUUUCGCCGAUCAUUUUUAUUUUACAUAAGCGAUCAUCGGAUAUUUUUAACGCAUCAUGAUAUUACAAAGAAUUCAGCAAUUCAGUCAAUAUACUAUGAAAAAAUUACCAUAUCAUCGAUCUCAAGGGGCUACGUACGUUAACUCAAAUUUUUUUUUAACAAAUACUGAUCAAAACCAUUGGCGAGGUUAACGGUCACCCAGAUUAUGUAGCUUGUUUCUGAUUAUUGCUUUUUAAAUUCCACUUAAAUUAACUCGAAAAAAAGUUACCGAAAGGCCCAGAAAACGCUGCAAAUCGCAUUUCGAGAGACUAAAGUUCAAAAUUUCUCGGGGGCAUGCCCCCCGGCAUGCCCCCGAACCCCCCUAGCAACUCCCGCCUGCCUCGGUUGGCCGUUUGGUCUGGCUACGGCACUGACUAGUAUUAAAGUUUGUCCAUCAAUUUUAGAUUAUCUCACAGACUUUUAUGCCGCUAUUAAUGUGCCCAAGUGAAGAGUGCAAAGUAAACAAGUAAGUCAUAUUUAACACCUAAAGGCAUACGAUCAAAAUUUAGAUUCUCAUGCGUUUCCCCCAUUCAUGUCCUGUUGAAGAAGUGAGGAGAAGCUAAUAAAAUAUUCAUCUUGUGAGGGCCUUAAAUAUCCUAUCACUCCAUUUUACAAGCAUUGAUAUUACAAAAGUUAAAGUUUUUGCUUGGUUGCCAUAUGGCAACCAACUCUUUUGGUUUUGGGAGACUUUUUUACAAAUCAAGUUGCCAGCUCCAAAAUUUUAGGUGCCAUGGCAACCAAAAUGGUUGCAACUUGGAAGGUUGUAUUACAAGGAGAUAUUUAAUGCUAAUCACUCUUAGGGCUGUAAAAGGGUUGACUUUGUUAGCACUCAGUUAUGAGUUAUUGCCCCCUGUAAAAAUUCUUAACCAGUUGAUUUUUAUACUAACAACGAGGACCUUCAAUUUUUUAUCCAGGGCUGGUGGUCGUCUAUAUCUUCAAACCAGAGGUUCCAAGUUCAUCAAAUUCCGGGAACUAAAAAUACAAGAACACAGUGAUCAAGUGCCUGUAGGAAAUAUUCCUCAGUCAAUGACAGUGAUUGCUAAAGGUGAAACCACAAGACUGGUGGUUCUGGGGGAUCAUGUGGCGAUCACGGGUGUGUUCCUUCCAAUGAUGAAAACUGGAUUCAGGCAACUUACUCAGGGAUUAUUGUCAGCGACAUUUUUGGAAGCCCAUGUAAGCAAGUUACAAAAUCCUCAUGAGAGACUCUUUUAAACAAAAAUUAAUGAAUAAAGUUAACUCUCUUUUAAUGGACACCUCUAUUACAAUGUAGAUGAACACCUUGGUAAAACGAACACCUAGAUUUGGUUCCUGCCUUGUUUGACUCUCUCUAUAUUAUGAAAGAGAUACAUGUAUCACUGAUGGAAACUAAGUGCCACUCCCCAAGGUGUUUGUCAUAGAGAGAGUUGUCCGUUUGUCUGAAAGUUUUCAAGGAUUAUAGGCAAUGAUUAGGACCAAAUUGGAAACCUGUAUGCCCAUAAAAGUAUGAAAUCAUCCCACAAAUUUGGUCUCCAUUUAAGACCACAUUGUUUAGUGGUUUACUCACUUUCUUAGGAGCAUUUAGCAUUCCCUUGUUCCCACAUGUAUACAGGUUAUCAGUGCUUAAGUCUUUGAAAACUCAGCUCAGUAUUAUAAAAGAGGUGAAAAUAUGAUAUUAAGCAAAAGAAGAAUGCCUUUAUUUUGUAUUCUCAAAGUAGCUGUCUACUGAAAUAUUCAAGUGUGGUAUAAUAAUGAGAUUUAUUGAUACUGUUUUUGAUUGUUCAUGAUUGUUUGCCUGCCUUUUUUCCUAUAGAGAAUAGUAAAAAUGAACAAAACAGAAGAUGAUGAGAUGGGAGAUGAAGAACUUACUGAUAAAGAAAUUAGAGCUCUGUCUGAUGGUUUGUCCUCACACACCCUUUGUUUGUUUGUUGUUGUGUUUUUUUGUUGUGAAUGACAGAAAAACACUAAUGGGUAGUCAGCCAGUCACUAGUUUUUUCCCUUCCAAAGAAUGUACUCCCUAUUUUUUGGCCUUUUCUAAACUUUUCUCUCUCUUGAGAUAUUUAAUGCCAAAGUAAUACUAAAUAACAGUUAAAUGAGUUGCACUAAUACAUGUAUUUUAAAAAUGCAAAAAUAUCUUGUUGUUACCAAAAUUUUUUUAACUGUAUCGUAAUGACAAAGUAUGUUUCACUUUUUCGGCAGUUACAUAUUUUAGAUUUGUAUAGACCUCACCUUUGUGGUAAUUUAUUAAAUUACAGAACCAGACGCCUAUGAUAAACGAUCAUCUUCACUUGCUCCUGAAAUUUAUGGCCAUGAAGACAUCAAGAAAGCACCGUUGCUACUUUUAGUGGGUGGUGUGGACUGCACACCGCAGGGAAUGAAAAUUAGAGGUAAUUAUUUUACAUGUUCAAGAAUAAGUUAUUUAUUACAAGAUCGAAUAGGAUUUGCCUGAUUGUACUAUCUGUGUUAAUUGCUUGUUUUUGUUUUGAACUUCAGGAAAUAUCAAUAUUUUAUUGAUGGGUGACCCAGGUGUUGCAAAAAGUCAAAUGCUUGGCUACAUUGACAGACUUAAUGCACCUCAAAGUAAGUCAUUUAUUUAUUACUAUAGAACAUGUAGGCUACUUAUUCAAGUCAAGUCAAGUCAAUUUUUAUUUAAACUCACACAGAAUAAUUAUAAUUAAUACAAAUUAGUGCUUUAAGAUAUAAAAUCGAGAGAUUGUGAAGGGAAAGAGGAUUUCUUUGACUUUCUUUGCACCCUGAUUACCCCUACAGUGUAGUUACUCUCAUAGGAAGUGAAAUAGAACCAAACGAAGUUCCUGGCUGUUUAAUUCCCUGACUAUUGCUUGUCCCAGCAGCUUGAAAUCUUAAUGGCAGCCCUGUGCACCUGAGUUGCACGUAUAAUAUUAUAUUGCUUAAAUAGGGAAUCAAGUUAAUUUUUCUGUUCUUUGGCAUGUAGGUCAGUAUACCACAGGAAGAGGAAGUUUGGGUGUUGGCCUAACGGCAGCAGUUAUGAAAGAUCCUCUCACGGGAGAAAAGAUCUUAGGUAACGUGUUUGGAGGAUUUACGGUGAAGGUUACUGGUUUUCUAAAGUGUUGUUUUUUCGAGGACUUCUGUAUUCAUCAUGAAGAGUAUUCAUGUUGUUUUACCUUUUAUGGUCCUUUCAGAGGGUGGUGCCCUUGUACUGGCCAACAAAGGAGUUUGACAAGAUGAUGGACAGCGACAGAACUUCAAUUCAUGAAGUUAUGGAAGAACAGACUGUCUCCAUUGCAAAGGUAGACCACAACAAGGUUGUAAGAAGCAGAACUAGUGUUUACCCUGUAAUGUUUUUAGCUUUAUCAUUUUGAUACAUAUUACCCUUACUUCUCAUGAUGCUAAUAAGGAAAGAUGUUUUUAUACCUAGGGGGGUCAUUUUCCUCAUUAGUAUCUCACCAACUUUUAGGUUAACUUAGCCAAGGAGGGAGUCAGUGUAGGUGGUCCAAUAAAAUCCCCCCGCCCCAAAAAAAAAGGGAUAAAGGAAAGAGAGAGAAAAGGGUGAUUGGUGAUUAAAAACAGUGGUCGUGAGGCAGGUGGACAUGACUUGUGUUUCAUCUAGUGAUCCUGUCAAGUGACCUACCUCUCCAUUCAAAAGUUUUCAAACAGUUAUUUUGGCUCUUUAACUUGAAAAUUUCCACAGAAUGCGAGGGGUUUAUCUUUCAAGUACCAAUGGAUAAGUAUUUCACUGUUUAUAUUUUGCUAUCCAGUGGUAACUUUUGAAAAAGGAGAAAGGAGUUUGGGACUGCCCCUCCAUUUAUCCUAAGAUCCUCAGACAUGUGCAAACAACAGUCAAGUGUCAAUAAACAAAGAAAUAUAAUAAUAAAAAGAGAAGAGAUAAUUAAAACAAUCCUUGAAAAGUUUGAAUUGCAUUUGAUGACUUACUUUUGACCACCUUUUAGAAAGGGCCUGUUACAUUGAUAUAAAUACAUUGACAUGGAGCAAAAGCCUUGUGUAACGAUGAUCCUGUUAGUUCAGAAUUUAACCCAUUCGCUCCUAGAGAUUUUGCCGAAAAACGUGUUUUGAAGCUAGUCGAGUGGUUUUCUGGUCACUGUCGUGCUAUAAAGAGCUAAAACUUACCACAAACCGGUUUACAGGUCGUACACUUGGCGGCCUUCUGAUCCAGAUGCAAAAUAUCAGCUUGCGAAGUUCAGGCAUGCGCAGAAAGCAAAAUUUCGAGAUUUUGAGGUUUUUGGGUUUAAAAGUGACACAGCAGUCUUGACUUUUACUUUUCGCUUUCUCUCCUCCCUUCUUUUUUCGCUUUUCUUGCCUCAUUUUUUUUUUCUCUUGCUGGGCAUUUAGUAGGCUUCAUUUUGGUGGGAAGAGUUUUUAGGAAAGCUUUUAGGAUCUUAGGAUUAGGUGAAAGGAAAGGUAGGUGGGUAAUGGAACAAGAUUUUCAUGGAGAUUUUCAGGUCAAUGUCACGUGGUUUUUUGCUUCUUUCUCCGGUGUCCUUGACUGAAUUGUGCUCAUUCUGGUAUGGUUUGAAAGAUCUCUUCACUCUGCACAAGUUAGCGAAGAAAGUUGUCCUUGACCGUUGAAACUGAUGACGUCACAAAGGGUAGAAAGGACCUGGAUCCGCACAGGCGGUUACGGGCGGUUCAGGGGCGAAUGGGUUAAUCAGACUACUGAUAUCCAAAUAUAAUAUAUGGACGAAAAAAUACAGCAGAAGUAAUCGGCGCACACACCUCACACGCACAUUUUAGUGAUAACUUUCCACAAAAAUUUACAAUGUUCGACAUGCCCGCAGCUAGCUAACAGCAUGCAUCCAGAACGUCACAGAGCGAUCUGCAAACAACUCAAAAGUUAAGACAAAAAGAAUAGGAAAGACAGCAAAAAUGAAGGUCAUUAUAUUGAUAAAACAAUGUACACAAUUGGAAACAACUUUUCGGCUAGCAAAACAAGUCCUCUUCAAGUUGAGAUGUUACCAAACAUAAUAGUAAAACUAUGUUCAUUAAUUAUGUCAAUGGGGAAUGUCUCAAUAUACAACUAAGAUGUGCAAUUUCAUUAAUAGUAACAGUAAUUUAAUUCUAAAGAUAGCAAAUACAGAUUAGAUUUCGUCACGUUUGUAUAAUUCAGGACGGGUUAGGAUUCUAGCUUUGUAGAUAAGAUAUGUCUUUUAUAUGAUAGUGACUCAUUAUAAUGGUUAGGAACUUUGGGAUCUCAAUGGAAAUCUUAUGAUUUCUAAGGCUUGGCCAGUUUCCUUUCGUUUCUUGACCAAGUAAUGGUGAAGUGAUUUGUCACCUUUUAAGAUUGUGGACAAAAUCCAGAAGGAAACUUCUGCAAGUACUCUAGGUUUCUUAGGAUUUGGCAUCUUUUACAUUGGCAACUCUAAGAAAUGAAAGGGUUAUUGACCGCAUGGUGAGAAUCACUGGAAAUAUCUACUGAAUUCAUUUUUGCUGACUAAUACUGACUGUGUUGUUGCCACAGAUCGCUCAGUACCAAGUUGUGAGGCAGUAGCCAAGCCUGCUUGCCUAACCAGCAAUCUCAGCGGCCUGGGAAAUGAGACCUAAGCCCGGCUCCAGAACUUAAUCAACAGGCUAGCCCCAGUCUCAAACAGUUCUUGUUCAUCGGACUUAACUAGACUAGCCUGCUUUCUCCAAACGGGACCGUGUGUUACCAAUAAAGGCCACACCCUGGACACGUGUCAAUCACUGCGUAAGGAAGUCAGAGAUAGCUGUAAAGACGAAUUGCAGAGACACAACAUCUCUCUCCCACUGUACGUUCCAAACUACCCUGAAGUGAGCGCUGGUGAUUGUUUGUGUUAUCUGUCACGUUGGCCUGUUCCGCGGCCCAAAUCAGGUUUGUUUGUUUGUUUAUGAUCCCUCGACAACUAAAUUUUCGCUCCCCCAAAAUUGGAGCACCGAUUUUAUGGCAGGUGCAACUGAGGGUGUAAAGAUAAGGUUAGAAGGGUUUUAGAUACUGGAUCUUUAGGUACACCAACACCGUAAAGCCAUAAGAUUACAUCACCGGACCCCCCUCAAUAACAUUAAAUUCUUUGUUACACAUUAACAGAGAACAGAGAGAAAGACAGAGUGAAGAAGAAAAAGAAAAACCCUCCAGGUAUAAAAAAAUUAAUGUUAUGAACAAAACAUGAAACAGUGGCAUUAUUAGUAAUAGAUGGGUUGGCCCCUAGGGCGGGCGGGUACUAAACAGAGUUUUAUACGGGAGCCUCGUACCCUUUUUAUAUACCAUCUUUUUUUUAAAAAGGUACCUCUUUCAUAUAACAAAUGGUAUCCCUUUCACAUAUAUCUAGUUUUGACCUUUGCAGCUCCUUCAACUGCUGAAAACGCACUGUCCUAAAUAUUAAUAAAUCACAAAACCAGAAGGUUUUCUCGAAUUUUUCAUAGCCACAAAAUGCAUCUGACAGAUUUUGCUACCCUUUCAUAUACCUCAACUAGUGCAAUCCCUACCCUUCUAUGUACCUGAAGGCUGAAAAAGGUACCCCUUUUGGGCGGAGCAUCCCAAUAAUAGGCCAAUAGGGAGAGGGUCCCCCACCCCGGCGCCCCCCCCCCCCCCCCCCCCCCCGAGGGUUGGCGAAUAGGUCAUUUUCGAGGUGCCCCAAUCCUCUGUUUCCAAGCGAGGGAAAGUGCAAAGCUACUGAUAUGAAAAUGAAUUUUAAUUCCUAUGCAAAUAAAACUCAUUUUCACCGGAAAGGCUUUGCACUUAGCUGCGUUUUGAAAGGGAGAGUUUUUGGAACUCGGAAAUCAUCAUCAUCAUCAUCACUAGCUAAAUGCAUAUGUACUUUCAAAUCCUAGAAUAAUACAAAGUGUUCAAUUAACUCCUAAAAUAUUACAAACUGCAAUAAUGUAAUGUAGGAGAGAUAAAUAGAAAAAUCAAAUUAAAUUAAAGCUUGUUUUCCAUGAAUGCCGUGUUCGAGUUAGAAGUUAACAGGUUUCGAAAGCGAGUCGAAGAUUUUGCUUGUCUCAUAUCAGAGGGUAAAUUGUUCCAAAGAACAGCCCCACUGUAGCAGAAGCUAUUUCUACAGUAAUUGGUUCAUAACAAGGGAACAGCAAGCUUAUUUUUUGGGUGCAAUUAGGAAAAUAUACUCAUAAUUAUGGGCACACAGAGCGAAAACAAGCUCGGCAGCGCCCAUCUUUUUAUUGCAGUUUUAAUAUGUGGCUAACAAUUGUGCUAAGUUUAAAAAAAAAACCGGUUAAAUGAUUAAAAUUACUAUUUCUUUCCUAGGCGUUACCACCACGCCAACACCUUCAGUCAAGAAAUCAGAAAAGAAAUUUGGCAUUUCCAGCGGAAUACUGGCAACAGCAGUUGUGGGAUCCUUACUCAUUGUCACUUUAGUAACAUUUUAUUAUACCGCACAAUAAAAAAGCUAAGAGACAAUUCAAGAGCAUGACAAAGGAGAAACAGCGGAAAUUAUGUCCAUAGAUCAAACAUAUCAUCCAACGGGAGAGCUGUAACCAUUGGAGACAACAACAAAGGGUUUGAACACGCAAACGAGGUUCAUAAUGGAAUUGCUCUUUAUUAACUCUUAGAGGAGUUCAAAGUGAGACUUCUCCCAAAAAUCGAAAUUUCGAUUCUUUUCGUGAUAUCAAAGGAAAUAAAUCCUACCACGCAAAAGAUCUAUGGAAGAGGUUUCAUUUAAAUGGUAACACCAGGAUUUCAUCAACAGAUUGACAAGUUAGAAUAGGAUAGCCAAACCCAUGGCGCCAUGCAGAACGCAAUAAUAGUGAACUAACUACAUCACAGCAAGUUUCUAAGUGCCUUUCAAUGAUUGACUCCAGCUGGACGUUGAUGGGUUGACAACCCAUCUGUGACUUUUUAACUGGGAAAAAUUAGGCUUAGUUAUAUGUCAAGAAAAAAGGUUACACUUCGAGUCCCAAUAUCCACAUACACAUUCUCAAGACUGAUCACCAUACAUUUCCUUAAGGAAUUAGUUAAGAGAAUUUGACAAAAGACCAAAAGCAUUUCCCCUUUAAUGAUCAUUUCGUUAUUUCUCAUAACAUUUUCUCUUGAUUGUGUAUUGAAAUUAUUAGAAGAAAAUUGAUCUUGGGCAUGGAAAGUUGUGCAAAAAACCUUCAAAGGCACCUUUCAAAUUUUUCUAAGGCUUGAUAAAGCUCUUCUGUUUUAGAGCAACUAAACAACAUGAAAUGAACUGGAAAUAUGCAAGAAAAAUCAGUUCUCAAUUUGCAGAUAGUGAGGUUAAUUUUAAGAUAUUUAUUUUAUACAUUACCUCGGUAUGUACUGGUACAUGUGUAUACGGGA